AUGUCCAUUGAGGGUCCAACAAAACUGGUACCUGAAGUGUCGCUUUGUUCGGGACAUCAAGCACAUCCGAUGAAUUAUCAACCUAGCGAUUCCACUGAUACAACGUAUACCUAUGAGAUGCGACUAGCCAAUCAGAUUACAAAAACAAUUCUUCGAUUCCCAAGUGUGGACACUGAAUUUGAAAGUCAUCAAGUGUACGAGUUCUCUCCUGUGUAUCCUGAUAUACAGCCAAUGCUCAAUAUUCUCUACACCAUAACAAUGAAAACAAUAGCCAGUGUUGGAACAUUCCAACCUCUUCUAAAUCUAAUUGGUGAGGAAGGCGAGAGUGGAAUGCGAAAAUUCGUCGACGAUUCAAAGUUUGAUGAAGGAGCGCGUCAUGAAUUUGACAUAGAUGCCGUGAAUCUUGGUCCCUUGCGUGAGAUCGAAGUGCAGAUCGAGGGAGAUGAGGGGUCAUCUUGGACUGCAGAUAUCACAGUUGGAUUGGUCGACAGUGGUACAGAAUAUAUUGCAGAGCAAGCGUAA